AUGACAUUAAGCAAUAGCUUAAAUAAAUAUAUCUUUAUAAAAUUAUCUAUGAUUAUCUGAAAAAAAUUCUUAGCUUUUUAUUUAUUUUUGAAAUACAUCUUUAAAUUAACAAUGACGAACGUAUUAGAAGAUAGACUAGUGACUCAAAUGGUUAUCCCAGUGUCAGAAGAAACUUAUUUUAAUACAAAAUGGAACUCCACUAGGGAGAAACUAUGCCAAUACGACAUGCUAUAUCACCCACCAGAUUAUAACCCUAAAGCGUCAAGAUCUGAUCGCCAAGAACCAAAGAUAAUAAAAAGGAAUAUAUGGGAACAGGAAUUACAUAAAGGAAUCGCAUCGACGACUCAUUUCCAAUUAAGUCGACCAAAAUGGAAGCCAUACGAUUUACCAACAAAAGAAUUUGUUAGAGUGCAAGUAAAAAACGAAAAUCCCCAUAUGCGUAUCUACAGCGUACUGGAAUGGGCUGUGCUUCUUAACGAAGGAAAACCAAGUUUAUGCAAUGACUAAAUUAAAACUUUCUGGGAGGUUGCGAAA